AUGGAGUCGUCAUCCCUCACUCUUGCCCACUCUCACGCGCGCAAUGCCCUGCUUGAGACUCGCAAGUCGAAUCCUGUUGCUGCAAGUGAAGAACAUGACCUUGCGGCAGGAGAAUUCGCAACGGCUGCCCAAGGCACUCUUGACAAGAAUGCAUUGCGGACACUUUAUUUACUAGAGCAGCAUCACAAAAGACUAGCGAAGAUCAUCAAGUUCCAGCAUGAGAAUCCACGUACCGUUUCUUCGGCGGAACCGGUGGCCAUCAUCCCCAAUACAGCUAUUGCUACUACCGCAGCAGUGGCCCCUAAUACUCCAUUGAAAUCAGCGCCCUCAACUGCAAUAUCACCAGCUCAACCACUACCAAAGCCCCCGCGGCUGCAGACUACACAUACUUCUGGCCAGCGUGAGACAACUUCACUCGCAAGCAAUCUCGCGUCCGCGCGUGGCAUCCGUCGUGGGGUUCCUUCUGUUCCAUCUGUCCAAAAUGGAGGCACUCAUCGAACAGAACCUCCAAAUAGAUUGAAAGUUGUCGGGGCUCUUGCCCCAGAUACCCGUUCUGGCUACACACCUGGUUGGAAACCGUCUUGGUCUCCCGCCGUGAGCCCGACAGAAAUUACCCGGCAGCGAGGAAUUGGGAAAGAUGUCUCAAUGGCAAUUAGGGCUGUUUCAGGAGACGAGCCUUUUCGCAAGUUUUAUUCCACUUUUGGGGGCCUAAUCUCAAGGCUUUCCGCGCCGCUCGCUUUUGCUAGCCUUCCUCUAGGCACCGACACUUCGGGCGAAGUAUCUCCAACCUCUUCAAAGGCGCCUGCGGACACAAAAGUAGACAAGUAUUCUGCCGCCGCCGAUUUCACACAAUAUUCCCGAAAGGAGCCCGAUGUAAAAAAGCUCGUGUCGAGUGCUGCUCUUCGAGCCAUAAGAGAUAGGGAUGGCUACUUAACCAGCAACUCUUCGGAAUCAUUUUAUGUUGUGCCAACUUCUAGUGGUAUGAUAUCGUACGCUGGUAUUCUCUCGCGUGCAGAAAAGGAGGCCCUCAAGAAUAGCAUCGAGGAGGACGAAGACACCUUCGUUGAUGCGAGCGAAAAUCCACCAUCACCAGAAUAUCGAGGAAGCUCGGUGAAAGAUAAAAGCAAGGGGAUCAAGCGAGAUGGGCGCUUUUCUCUCCAAGCAUCACCUUCUACAGCGACCUUUAACAACAUCAAAACCCUGGAGGAGCUUCAAAUGGAAAACCAGGCUCUGAAACAUCUUUCUGAUACAUUAUCUAAACGCCUUCAUAUGUGGGAGGUUAGCUCACAGUCGUCAACUGCUGCAUUGCAGCAGUCGUUUAUCGCUCUUCAAAAUCAAGCCGCCGUGUCAAGGCAGGCCUCGCCAGCCCCAACUUCGUCCAAAGGCCCUUUCCUCAAACCAGAAGCUCAGUCCCCAUACUCACCUAUGAGCAAUGAUGCCGAAACAUUAAGGAAAUUAGAGGAGCUAGUCAAACACCAUGAACUCGAGUUGGAUAGGGUUGGAAAAGAAAAUGAGAAGCUCAAGGUUCUAUUAGGUCGCUAUAGGGACCGUUGGGAGAAACUUAAGGAAGGAGCUAGAAACAGGCGCGAGGGAAAUGGUCAAACUGCCAAUCCCGUUACCACUCAUUCUGGCGGUACACCCGGUGACGAUCCUGGGUUUAAAUCAGCAGUACCUGCAAUUGAGCCUGACGGGAGCGGUACACUUGACCCUAGUAUCAAGUCCGAUGCAGGCGAAGAGAAAUGA